AUUGAUGGUGUAACUGUAAACCCUCUGCACCCGCAUCGCGCAAUGCGCGUUCAUCAGGAGCUCCGCGCGGGCACAGACUCUCUGGUGAUGAGCGCGUACACUGAGGAGGCGAGAGGAUGCGCUGCUCCCGGUCUGUGUUGUGCUGGUCUGAAGGAAGCAUAAAGCUCAGUGGGGGCUGAAGUAUGAACCAUAGGCUUUGAGCUCCCACCACUGAGACUAUGAGGCAAGCGGUAACCGCCACCCUGUCUGUGUGGGGAGAGAGGCGUUUCGGGUACUCCACCCUGAAGGACUCCAGCGAGUCUCUGUUGGACGAGCGUAAACUGAGGCCGGGUCUGAAAGAAGACUCCGUCAUUGAAGAAAAGGAACGGGCGGAGAAUGAGCAGGAACAUCUUGAAGCGGUUUUGGGACGUUCAGGGUCCCCUCUGUUGGACACCGGACACCAAACUGGGAGCACAGAGCACCCGGACCCCACGCUAGAGUCAUGCACAGAGCGCAAAAACAGCGUGGUGGAAACGUCGGUGGUGUCUGGGGUUGACUUUACUGGGAGGAAGGGUUCUCUUGGUGCUUUGCCCAUGCAGCGGUGCAGUUCUCUGGGCACCACGGCACCUCAGUGGAUCCCUGAUUCUCAGGCACCUGCCUGCAUGAAAUGCGGCUCCAAAUUCUCCUUCACCAGAAGACGGCAUCACUGCAGGGCAUGUGGAAAGGUGUUUUGUGUGGUGUGCUGCGACCUGAAGUUCCGAUUGACUCAUCUCGGGGGGAAAGAGGGGCGUGUCUGUGUCACCUGUCAUUCAACUCUGAUCAACCGGACGAUUCGCAAGGACCAGAAAAAGGUUUGGUUCGCUGAUAGAUUCCUUUCUCAGCCGGAAAGUAGAAGUGCCAACUGCAGCCCCACACACAGAAGCACGAGCCACACACAGAGGGCUGAACUCGCUCAGGCGGAAGUGUCUGACCUCGAAGCAGAUGAAGUCAGUGGUCUGAGUGGCAACUCCAAAAAACCCUCUCCACCAAAGGACCUUCCCCCUAUUCUGACAUCAACAGGGGUCAAAGGAGACUACACUCUGGAGGAGAAGAGAACAGAAUCGUCGCUCUUAGAGGAAUUGGAGAGAGGUCUGGCCGAGCCUCUGGUGUUCGUGCUGAAUGCAAACCUGCUGGCCGUGGUGAAGAUUGUCAGCUAUGUGAACCGCAGAUGCUGGUGCGUUAUGUCAAAGGGAAUGCACGCUGUCGGCCAACCAGAGGUGGUUAUUUUACUGCAAUGUUUGCCAGAGGAGAAAAGAUUUCCAACGGACAUCUUCAAUCAUUUCAUUCAGAUCUACUGGGAUGCCCAGACAGCAGGAAAGCUUCUGAAUCACCUCAGCCACUCUUUGGUGUCCCGGGGGUUUCUGGGUAAUAAUGAGCACUCAGGAUUUCUGUACGUGCGCCCGUCGUUCCAGUCUUUGGAGGGACUGCCUUUACCUGCGCCACCCUUCCUGUUUGGACUUCUUAUACUCCGUGCCGAGACACCAUGGGCCAAAGCCUUUCCCUUGAGACUCAUGCUGCGUCUGGGAGCUGAGUACAGAUUCUAUCCAUGUCCGUUGUUCAGUGUGCGCUAUCGAGAGCCUCUCUUUGGGCCGGUCAACAACAGCAUCAUGAGACUCUUAGUGGAUUUCCGUUUCUACCGUUACACGCUGCCUUCGGUGCAGGGACUCGUGGUCGAUCUGGAAGCUAGAAGCACCUGCAUAAGAAUCCCUAAAACACGCCAUCCUGAGCUGCUGAAGGCUCUGAAUAAAUCUAAUGAGAGAGUGCUGGCCCUGGGCGCCUGCUUUAAUGAGCAGGCAGACUCUCAUCUCAUCUGCGUUCAGACGGCAGAUGGACAGUAUCAGACCCAAGCCAUCAGCAUUCACAGUCAACCUCGCAGAGUCACUGGCUCGUGUUUUUUCGUGUUCAGUGGAGCGCUGAAAGCUUCCUCAGGGUACUUGGCCAAGUCAAGCAUUGUGGAAGAUGGAUUGAUGGUGCAAGUAACCAUGGAGACCAUGGCUGAAUUGCGACGGUCUUUACGAGACAUGAAAGAUUUCACAGUCACCUGCGGAAAACUUCACCCGGCGGAGAGGCAGGAAUAUGUGCACAUUCAGUGGCAGGAUGAAGAGCCACGCUUUAAUAAAGGUAUAAUCAGCCCCAUUGAUGGAAAAUCUAUGGAGUCGCUUACAAACGUCAAGACCCAUCAGCGCUUAGAAUACAAGGCCAAUGGGAAGGUCAUGCGCUGGACAGAGGUGUUUUAUCUUCAAAAAGAUCAACAUCCAAACGGUCUUAAUAACCACACCAGUCACAGCCGGCUAACAGAACGUCUUGCACGGGCGUUCUGCAUGGCACUGUGCCAGUCUCUCUGUCUGCUUAAGGAGGAUGGCAUGACCAAACUGGCACUGAGAGUUAUCCUUGAUGGGCAAAAGAUGGAGUUUAUGGCAGGCAGUAACGGUCAGCGGUUGCCAGCACCGUAUCAAGACUGUCUCAACCAAUCACUGACAAGCGUGGUACAGAGUAACUCUCACUACCAGGGUCUCGCUGCCUGCCAGCUGGAGCUCAUCUUCUAUAUUCUUGAGGAUACGUCUUAAGAGACCCCGCAUGGACCACCCACUGUCACCUGUGCCAAUACUUCUAGAAACUUCAUCAGCAUUACCUUUGAGUUCAGUAGUUGAAUAUUAAAUCCAAUAGACAUUCGGGUGGUGUUUAGUUGAUACCUUACUGCUCACUGUGAAUGGGUCUGGGGUUACAAGAUCAAAAAGUUCAAGUAGCCAUCUAGUUUUCUCUAGUCUAGACUCAUUUGAAACAUGCGAAAACAAGGGCCGAAGCGCAGCUGAAAACAAAUCUCGAGCGGAUGACUUUCAUUAGCAUGAUCUGAUAUCGAAAAGGAGUUUUGUUUAUUUUUUCUUGCUGAAUCUUCAGUCUUCCAUACAUGGAUCUCACACUGUAGCCAUGGCAAUUUUCCGUCACACUUCCUGAUACAGGCGUGUUCCUCCAGAAUCACUGUUCAAAUCCCACGUCCCACCCUAUUCUCCCGACUCGCAGGAGUGGCCUGACCUCUGCUCUACAUUGACGCACACCUGCUUGGAAAAAAUGUGCCAGGAAUUCAGCCAGACAAAGGCAACACUUGGAUAAAAAGGAGCGGGAAUUACACGCACAAAAUCUAGUGUGUCUUUGUGUGUGUGUGUGUGUGUGUGUGUGUGUGUGUGUGUGUGUGUGUGAGAUGAAAAGGCCAAACAGAGCGUAGGAUGACUGCUUUUUUCAGGAAGAGAAGAGACUUUUUGUUUACAUCCAACACGCUGA